UAAUAGUAGUAGAAGUACGUUAUUAACAUGCUAUUAUGCUACUUCGCAUAUUGGAGGAACUUCUGGUAUGUUUCAUAAUCAAAGAGUUUCCGGCUCUGGAGUUUGCCUACUCGUUUCUCAGUCUGCGAUGAAUUUCAGUUGGUGGAAAACGGACCUAAAUAACAUCACCGCACUCCGUCGUGCAAUUUGCAUUUCCCCUUCGAGUCUAAAUUAAAACGUCUGGUCCAAACUCCACCCAUCCUCUCUCGGUUACAGACGCGCUGUGCCGCUAACCAAGUGAUUCACCAUACCCAAAUGCGCGCUCUCUCUCUCUCUCUCUCUCUCUCUCUCCCUGUCCUUCUCUCUCUCUCUCUCUCCCCUCUGCCUUUACAGAGGCCACACAAGGCUGAGGCCAUAAGAGAAGCGGGGGAGUGACGGCUUGUUCCUGGAAGAGCCAGCCUGCGGAGUCAGUCACAUUCUUGGCUGGGAUUCAAUGACUGAGCCAGACGCACACAAACACAAAGGGAGGGGGGCCGACUGCGGGGGAGGGAGAUAGCGAGGGCGAGCGAGCGAGUGAGUGAGAGAGAGAGAGAGCAAUCUAGCUCACUGGCUGGCCAUCGCGGCACUCUCUCACACACAUACACGUUCGUACUCAGUACACAGUGGGCUGCAGGGGUAGACUGUGUGUGUGUGUGUGUGCGUGCGCCGUGCGCUGCUGCAGAAAUCGAACAGAAGAGAGAGAACACUAAGAGAGUGUGGAUUGUAUAUUUUCUUUCGUCGAAUGAAGGAAUAGGAGACUUGACUGUACUGGAAAGUGUUUUGAGCGGAUCUUGAGAGUGUUUUUUUCGCUUACUGUGGAGUUUGAAGGACCCGUGGAGAUGGACAUUCGGGAUCCCUCUUACUGCAGGGCUCGUUCGCCGGUGGUGCCGUUCGCUUAAAAAAAGGGAAUUUAAAGCUCGGCGAUAGUGAGUUUUAAACGGAUAUUUGAUGAAGCGAUUUCUGUUCUGUGCUAACUUUGGGAGAGCUGGGAUUUAUCGAGAAUCUGGAGCAACCGAGGCAUUUGUUUUAGUCGCUUUCCCCGCGUUUAAAAUAACUCACGGUUCAGGAACAGCGCGGAAAACAUGGAGACUGUAACUCGCCAAAGCUUUCAACCUCACCCCGGUCUGAAGCAGACUCUUAAACAGUUCCAUUUGAGUUCUAUGAGUUCUCUCGGAGGACCGGCGGCAUUCUCUGCCCGAUGGAAUCAUGAGCUUUUAUUCAAGAAAGAAGGCAAAGAGCCGGAGCCCGUUCUUCAUUUGCCGAUGCAGCCCCCGCCGGUGAUGCCGGGGCCCCUGUUCAUCCCGUCCGACCGCUCUACCGAGAGGUGCGAGACGGUCCUGGAGACCGAGACCAUCUCGUGCUUCGUGGUCGGCGGCGAGAAGCGGCUCUGCCUGCCGCAGAUCCUCAACACGGUUCUGCGGGAUUUUUCCCUCCAGCAGAUCAACUCGGUGUGCGACGACCUCCACAUCUAUUGCUCCCGGUGUACCGCGGACCAGCUGGAAAUACUUAAAGUCAUGGGGAUCCUUCCUUUCUCCGCGCCAUCCUGCGGACUAAUCACCAAAACGGACGCGGAGCGUCUCUGCAACGCCCUGAUCUAUGGGGGCACCUACCCGCCGCACUGCAAGAAGGACUUCACGGGGCCCCUGGAGCUCGAGCUCACGGAGUGGAGCUUCAAAGUGUAUCACGAGUGCUUUGGUAGGUGCAAGGGGCUCAUGGUGCCGGAGCUGUAUGCCAGUCCCAACGCCGCCUGCAUCCAGUGCAUGGACUGCAGGCUUAUGUUUCCCCCGCACAAGUUCGUGGUUCACAGUCACAAAUUGUUGGAGAACAGGACUUGCCACUGGGGCUUCGACUCCGCCAACUGGCGGGCAUACAUGCUCCUUAGCCAGGAUUACAACGGCAAAGACGAGAAGGCUCGCCUGGAGCAGCUCCUGGACGAAAUCAAGGAGAAAUUUGACUUCGCCAACAAGUACAAGAGGAAAGCAUCAAGGGCCUCUGAUCAUAGUCCUGUGAAGAAGGCCAAACACGAAGAGCUCCCGCCCCAAUCCCCCUCAGCAGACAAGCAACCCGAUUGGUUGCGUUCACUCUCUGCAAAGGGGCUUAACUGCAUGCCUCCGCGGCAGAGGCCCUCUGCCUUCAGGCCCUGGUCCCCAAACAUCUCUAGCGACAAGGAAACCCCCACCAGACCUGUGGCUCUGCUGAGAGACAGCUUCUACAGCUAUAAGAGUCUAGAGAGUUCGGUGGCACCCAAUGUGGCCCUUGCUCCCCUGCCUCCGCAGAAGGUGGGGCAGGCAGCACCCCUAGCAACACCCCUAGCAACCAGCGGGGCAGGAGAGGAGGUGGUACGCCCCAGGAAGAGGAAGUUGAGCGGAGAGGUGCAGACGACCUCUGACCCCCCUGCCCCUACCCCCUCCUCCUCCUCCACCGCCACCUCCACCUCCACCUCCACCUCCACCUCCACCUCCGCAGCCCCUGCUACAGCCAGCAAACCCCCCGAGGAGGAAGUGGCCGACUCGGACGUUGAGAUCGAGGUGGAGAGCCGCGAGGAAUUCACGUCCUCCCUCUCCUCCCUCUCCUCUCCAUCCUUCACCUCCUCGAGUUCCGCCAAGGACCUCAGCUCUCCCAGCACCCAGGGGCCCGUUUCCACGGUGACGUCGGCCUCUCUGGAGGGACCCGCGACGGGUACCGGUGCGGUAGGAGGCGCGGGGUCAGAGGUCGUGACCCCGGCGCUGGAGUCGGAGCUUGACACCAUACGCCUGGCGAUGGACGGCGGAUUGGACUCGAAGGAGGCGAAGGAGAAGUUCCUCCACGAGAUCAUCAAGAUGAGGGUGAAGCAGGAGGAGAAGCUGGGCUCUGCCCUGCAGGCCAAACGCAACCUGCAGCAGGAGCUGGAGUUCCUGCGCGUGGCUAAGAAGGAGAAGCUGCGCGAGGCCACGGAGGCCAAGCGAAACCUGCGCAAGGAGAUCGAGCGCCUGCGGGCCGAGAGCGAGAAGAAGAUGAAGGAGGCCGGCGAGGCGCGCCUGCGGCUCAAGAGGGAGCUGGAGCAGGCCAGGCUGCUCAGGGUGUGUGACAAGGGCUGCGAGGCCGGACGCCUCAGGGCCAAGUACUCAGUGCAGAUUGAGAACCUGCAGGUGAAGCUGCAGCAGGCUGAAGCGGACCGCGAGCAGCUCCGGGCCGACCUACUGCAGGAGCGCGAGGCCCGUCAGCACCUGGAGCGGGUCGUCAAGGAGCUGCAGGAGCAGCUCUGGCCCAAAGGAGACAAGGCCGACGUCGGCGCCACCCCAACAGCCACCGCCACCACCGCCGCUGGCAAGGACUCCAGCAACUAAACACACACACACACACACACACACUCUCACACACAGACACGUGCUCACGCCCGCAUACAUACUCACAACCCCAUCCCCCCCAGCCUCACAUACACACACAGGCACACCCACUCUCACACACUUACACAUACACACACAUUUUCCCCUCCGGAGGUCUCCUAAGGAGCCGAGAGGUUUAAAAGCAACACGAACAAUAAAAAGGACGGUUUCUCAGUGGGGCAGAAGAGGGAAGCUCAUCUCCUGCAGUGGAUUCCUGCCACAGCACCGAGAGAAAAGAGAUAAGAGAGAGACUUUGAGGACGGUGGACAGUCAGAACUGUGCGGAACCUGCAGAACUGUGCUGGGUUUGGAGAACGGAGAAACCGAGAGCGCUUGAAUGGACACGGACUUGUGUGCCGCUGAAUUGGAGAACGUGAGAACGUGAGAGCCUCGUUUGCAUUCUAAAGAAGUUCCCUCGAAGCAGAGCCUGGUUUCUGCAGAGUAGGGGGCGGGGCAAGAGGAAGCCACGCCCAUCAUGCAGUGUUAUUCAUUUUCUCUCUUCCCUCUCCUUAAAAAAAUCUGAUGACUGUGCUGCGAGCUAUUUAAAAGUGUGCAGAGCACGUGGGAGUGUACAUGUGUGUGUGUGUGUGUGUAGCUAAAGAAACGAAAAAGUCUCUCUGAGCUUCAGAAUCAACCCAACUGCGGCCAGAGAGAACGAAGUUCAAAAUUGUUUAAGAUGCACGAGAGAACUGCAAGGUUUACAGUGUUUGUAUGUGUGUCUGUGUGUGUGUGUGUGUGUGUGUGUGUGUGUGUAUGUGUGUGUGUGACUCAGGGGCUUGGUUAGGUGCUGCUCUCUGCCUGAAAGAACAUAAAAAACGUUCUGUGUUUCAUCAUGAAUGGCGAACCAAGUUUCUCCAAUCUUUACGCAGGAAUGCACACAAACACAGACACCCACACACACACAAACACACAUACAUGCAAACACACACACACAUGCAAACACACAAUGCGGUCAUUAUGCGUCGGUGUGUAUUUCGGGUCAAACCCCAUGGGCGUAUCUUCUAAAGAUGUGAUGAUGAUUAUUUGUGUGCUUGUGGCACACACACACACACACACACACACGUAAGCUCUGCUUUACUCGUCAGAGCAAUCUGUGUGUUUUCCUUUCACUGGAGAGCUGGCAUGACUUUGCUCUUUUCAAAAAUCUUAACCAGCAAUUUCAUCAAACUAAUGAUUUUUUAGGAGUGUAUGUGACUCCUUUUACAAGAAUACAACACACACACACACACACACACACACACACACACACACACAUACACAUACACACACACACACACACACACACUUACACAUACACACACACAAAUGUUCUUUUUACGUAAAUUAUGAUAUGUAAAUAUAAAUUGUUCUUUUUUUUUACUCUACCAGAAUGAAUCGCACUUUGUCAUAACAAAAAAAAAAGAAAAAAAAAAAGUUUGAAAGCAUUUUAUUCCUGCUCCUCAUCCCAAUCCUGCAGAGGUCUUUUCCCAAGUCUCUGCUGAAAGAGGCGUUUUAUUGGUAAUGAUAUGCAGCACAGUUUAAUGCAAUGUAAUCUUAUGGUCACGGCUAGAAGGUGUACAUACGAGCCUGCCAUGUACGUGCUUGCUUGCUCCGCUAGGUGGCGCCACAUUGCUUGGCUGUUUCUUCAAUCCAGUAGAAUUUGUUUGCAGUUAUUGUUAUUAUCUUCAUUAUAAAUAUUACUAUCAUUGCCCUUAAACGCAAUAAUCAUACGUUUUGAAUCAAUUUGAAAUAGUUUUGUUUUUUUCUUUUGGAAACAGUUGGGGAUUGGUGGUUGUCAGAAUCAAUGUACAGUGUGAGAGGUGGAACAAAAAGAGAGGUUGUGGGCGUGGAUGAAUCCGAGCCAGUGGAAAGGAAGGCUAGUCAUGUUGUAGUAAUGCUAGUCCUGUUCAAGUGGUGCUAGCCCUGUUCUCAGAAUGCUAGUUCUGUUCUAGAAGUGCUAAUCCUAUUCUAGUAAUUCUAGUUUCACUGGAACGAUGCUAGUCCUCUUACAACAAUGCUAGUCUUGUUCUAGUAAUGCUAGUCCUACUGGAACAGUGCUAAUAUUGUUCUAGUUACGCUAGUCCCACUGGAACAAUGCUAAUCUUGUUCUAGUAACACUAGUCCUACUGGAACAGUGCUAAUCUUGUUCUAGUUAUGCUAGUCUUUCUGGAACAAUGCUAAUCUUGUUCUAGUAACGCUAGUCUUACUGGAGUAAUGCUAGUCCUGUUCUAGUAAUGCUAGUACUACUGGAACAAUGCUAAUCUUGUUCUAGUAACGCUAGUCCUAUUGGAACAGUGGUAGUCCUGUUCUAGUUAUGCUAGUCCUACUGGAACAAUGCUAAUCUUGUUCUACUAACGCUAGUCUUUCUGGAACAAUGCUAAUCUUGUUCUAGUAACGCUAGUUUUACUGGAGUAAUGCUAGUCGUGUUCUAGCUGAGCUAGUUCUUCUCUCAAGCAGAACUCUCCAAGGCAAAGGGCAGGCUGUAGCACACAUGGAUCAUGGCUCACUAACUUUAGCUGAUAUAUUUAGCGUAUAGUAGAGAAACAUAUAUUUUAUAAAAGAUUUGAAUAGGUUGGGUACAAUGCAAUCAGAAUGUACAUGCUGUUGAUGCUUUUUUUUGUUUUCCUUUUGUUGUUCUUUCAUGUUGAUGUUGUUGUUGUUUUAAAUGUGGGGAUAUUUUUAUUGCUUGUCUUACAUUGUUGUCCUCCAAUAGCAAGCUCAUAUAAUUUCUUUGUAUGCAUGAAAUUUGAUAAAUAAGAGAGAAUAUGUCUGCCAUACAUAUAAUCAUUAUUGGGCAUUAUGCUGUUUGUGUAAGGGUUUCAUACAUUAGGCAAUAUAGCGCAAAAAAUAUUCUUAAGAUAAACCUGUAAAAGAAACAAACUUCUCCAACCACAUCUGUCCUCAGAAUGGGAAACCGAAUUCCUCUGUUAUGAAUGAUUGACGCAGAGUCAGACACACACACACAGUCACAGUCACAGUCACACACAUAUGUUCAGCGUAUGUGCACAGUGAACCAUCGUUACAUUGGGAAACACACUCAUUGUUUAAAUGUAAUGCUGGACAGCCUUAAGUGCCUGGACCUGGCCGACAGGUGUCCAGAACAGGAACAGUGAUGAUGUAACAAUGGCUAUGAGGUCAUAUUGAAACCGUGCUGGCCCUGUGAUUGGUUCAGCCCACAAACCCUGGGCAGACGAUCCCGUACAUGGGACAUACCAUUUUGCACUCUUAUAAGGGGGGGUGGGUUCUGUGCUUGUUGGUACCCACCACCCCUCUUUGCCACAGAUUGAACUUGACCAUUUUAGCUCCGCCUCCAGAUGCAGCUCUUUGUAACGUUCUUAAAGUGGUUUACGUCAGUAUUUCUUACGUUGUCUCACUUUUCCUUAUUAUUUUUUUAUUAGCUAAUCGGACAUUAGUCAACCAAUUGCCACUGGCUACAAAAUGGCACCUGAAAAACCAACUGCUUUCUUUUUCCUUCUCCUUCUGUAUAUACCUACGUCACAAUAUUUUUAGAAUCGACAGAAAUUGCAUUUAUGGGGUAUUUAGAGCAUAUUCUGCCUCUGUCUCUUUAUCUCAGCUGUAGGUGUACGCCCUACAUAACAACUUGGCGUGCGCUCCAUAAACGUAUGGAGGGAGCUCCCACAGUGAAAGGGCAUUAUAUCAAAGCCCAUUGUCUUAAUGCAGAGAAGAGGCCAGUGUUUGUUGGUUGUCUGCACAAAUCCGCAGACAAAAAACAAAAAAAAAUGAAAUUAGGGCCAUUGUUUUGUAGUUGUUUUUACACUCAAAUUGAUACGUGUAGUUUCCUUUAUUCAUGGUUUUCUAUAAAAAAGGGAGAAAUUGUUCACAAAGGCUCUUGUAUCUCCCAGAUAAUAAUUAAAAAAACUGUUAAAUGAUUUAUUUUCUGAGCAAGAGCCAUUUUGCUAAACGAUGGACACAAAUGCAGCAAUAACCGUACAUAUUUAACACAACUAACCAGUGGGAGGAUUUUAAGAAAAAAAAAGUACAAAUUUACCAAUGUAAAUAAUUUUCAUUUUUCAAUAUUGUAUUAUAAAUGUAUAUGGUGUUUCCUUUUUAAAAAAAAAAGACAAAAUGUUUCUUACAAGAUAGCUGUCUCGUUUUGAGUUGUGUUUUAACCAAGAACAUGUUUUGAAGAAGAAUUACUGCAGUGCGCUAGAGAAUAUACCUUACAGGAAAACAUAGUUUCACCCGAUAUUUUGCAUCUUUUCUUUAUAACGUUUUUUUUUUUUACAAUAGGUUCCUUAUGCCCCCCCCCCCCCCCCCUUUCCCCAUCAUGUUAUUUUUCUGUAACGCACAGGGGGGGAACCCCUGCAGAUGGAGGCCAACUCUGGGCUGAACGCCUGCACUGGCCAGAAUAUGGUGGCCCAUUUUCUUCUGGAUUUCUUUUUUUUUCUCCUGUUUCACCCCCGUAUAUCUUUUUUUUUAGCCCUAUGCUGCUGCUAAUAUGAUAUAAUCUUUACAAUUUUCAAAUUAUUUUUAUGUAAGAGGUAAAUGUAUGCUUGUGCUGUUCAGUAAAGCUGCAGAAGAUUAUGAUACAGUAUCAGAAAGAAAAAGCCUGGCUUCUAUAUCUCCUUUAUCUGCUAUCCUUCACAGGACUCCUUUACUAUCUCCCUCUCUCUGGUCUCUCUCUGGUCUCUUUCUCUCUCUCUCACUCUCUCUCUCACUCUCGCCCUCCCUGUCUCUCUCCUGGCAGACUACGGUGUAAAGUAACAGACUUCAUGAGAUUAUGUUUGAGAAAUAGCUACGCUUAUAUUCCCCUGUGACUGAAUGUACAGUGUAAAAAUGCAUUAUCAGAAAUAAAGUUGUUUGUCCAGAUAAAGUAA